AUGUUGCUAACAUACGGUAUUUUAGUCGGUGAGGUUGCUAGAGCUGAUAUUGUUACAUCCCAUGGUGUUUCCAGAGGUAUGGGAAUACUAACGUCUUCAAAUAAUAAUAAUUAUAAUUUGAUUUGUAUUAGAACUGUGGAAUUUGUUAAUGAAGAAGACGUGCAAAAAGCUAUUGACAGGUUCAAUCAUACCACAUUUUUAGGCCGUGAAAUCUUUGUUAGAGAAGAUAAUCCCCCUCCUGAACAAAGAGACAGCGGUCGUGAUCGUUAUAGUGAUCGUUACAGAGAAAGAGACAGAUAUGAUCGUAACCGUGAUCGUGAUCGUGGAAGAUUUGGUGGAAGAGAUAGAUACGAUCGUGGUGGUCGUGAUGAUCGCAGAUAUGAUAGACAUGACCGAUAUGAUAGAGAAGGUGGCUCAUACAACACUUCAAAAGGGUAUGAGAUUUUUGUUGCUAACUUGCCAUUCAGUGUCAACUGGCAACGUCUAAAAGAUCUUUUCCGUGAGAUUGGCGAUAUCAUUCGUGCAGAUGUUGCUGAAGAUUAUAGAGGUCGUUCCAAAGGAUAUGGAACUGUCAGUUUUGCUACCAAAGAAGAAUCAGAUAGGGCGAUUGAGAAAUUCAAUGGCCGUGAAGUUGAAGGCAGACAGUUAGACGUGAGAGCAAGUAAAUUCAAUCCACCAGACGAAAGCAAUGAUGAAGAUGGCGAAAGAGACUUUGGCAGAAGGAGCUCAUCACGCAGCCAAUCAUCCAAACCCAAAGAUGAAGACGAUUUCCCAGAAGGAAUCAGAGGAUUGGGAGAGAAGAGUAAUACCAUUUUUGCUAGCAACUUGCCAUGGUCCACCUCUGAUGAUGAUUUGUAUGAUUUGUUUGAAACUGUUGGUGUUGUUGACAAAGCUAAAAUCCAGCUUGACUCGACUGGAAGAGGCAAUGGGUCAGCAGUUGUUAGAUUUGAACAAGAAGAUGAUGCUACCACAGCCAUUGAAAGGCUCGACGGUUUUGAGUAUGGCAAGCGUGAUUUAAGAAUUUCAUAUGCCUUGUUUCCACCCUCCAAAAACGAUGUGGACACUGAAAUCUAG